CAGCAGAACUACUCUUUACUGCAGCAAAAUGCAAGCCAUGAAGGGUGUGGAUUCUGAUUUAGAUAAAAGGUUUGGCAAGAGGAUCAAUGGAGCUGAUAUGGGUUCUGCACAGUUAGAUGGAAAGGCAUCUCACAUGUUUACUUUUGGGCAGAAUGAAGUUUCCAGGGCUUCCACAGAUAAGGAACUAGGAAUGCAUGCACACAGUCCAUUGCAAACCGAUGUGAAAAUGCUGCACUUGCCUUCAAAAGAUGAUAGAAUCCCUAGCGCUUCUUCCCAUGCUUUUGGCAGAGAGGCAUCCCAAGAAACACAUUCUUCUGGAAGGCAUGAUCUUUAUAAUUAUUCUUCUAAUCUGAGCUCCAAACCGGCUUUAAUGGGAGGAAGUGAGCACCCCUACAUUAGUCCCCAAAUGGCUCCUUCGUGGUUUGACCAAUAUGGGAAGACUGCAGAAACUGCCAAUCAACAACAUUUCUUUUCUAAAGUUUCGGAAGGCAUGGAAAAGAACAUGUUGAAUCUAAGAAGUGAUAUAAGUCAUUUGACUAAUCUUGGGGGAAGCGCACCAAUAGCAGAUGAUAAUGAAACAGUACCAUGUUAUCCAGAUCAAAGUAUUGUUCUGAGGCAAAAAAAACGCAAAUGUCUGAUGAAGCCUCUACCUUGGCACAAGGAGGUGAGUCAAGGAGCUCAAAGGAGACAGGAUAUCAGUGUGGCAGAGCUGGAUUGGUCACAGGCUUCCAAUAGACUGAUCGAGAAGGCUGAAGAUGAGGCAGAAAUGAUGGAAGAUGGUCCAUCAAUACCUCGACCUCGAAAAAGACUUAUCUUGACCACUCAGCUAAUGCAGUUGCUCCUUCCUCCUGCUCCAGCUGUUGUUCUUGCAGGAAAAGCAAAUUCAUCUUAUGAAAGUGUGACGUACUUUGUUGCAAGAUCAGCACUGGGGGAUUCAUGUAGUGCAAUCUCCUGUUCAGACAUCUGUUCCAGUACAUGUGUACACAGGAGAAACAGGUGGCAUGGAAAGUCCAAGACAUCUGAGAAAGGUGGUGAGGAUAUUUUGUCAGACACUGUGGGAGGUUUUGUUGAAAGAUCUAGCAAGCUUGAAAAUGCUUUCUCAAGAUUGGAGAAGAGGAGUUCAAUUUUGGAUUUGAGAGUUGAGUGCCAGGACUUGGAGAGGUUCGCGAUUAUCAACCGGUUAGGCAAGUUCCAUGGUCGGGGACAAUCAGAUGGGGUCGAGAGCUCAUCAGGCUUUGACUCCAACCCUCGCAGGUUAUUUCCUGAAAGAUACGUCACUGCGCUGCCCAUGACAGGAGAUCAUCCCGAGGGUGUGUUGUGUCUUUCACUCUAGAUAUUCGAAAAUUUUGAUUAAUUCUGCCAGUGAAAACAACCAUCCGGCUGCCCUUCACUCUCAUUGGUAUGAUUCGGACGUGCAUUUGAAAACUAAAAAUGGCCGGGAAGUUCCUAUGGUCUUCAUAUAGUACCAAGCAGCCAAGGGAUCCUCAGGGGAAAGCGCGUCUUUUGAAAUCCAUGCUAUUCAACUGCAAGUAUAGAUUUUUUUCCCCUUUUUGUAUAUUCGGGAGAAUUAAAAAAAAAAAAUCUGGCUUCAAUAGGGUUUUCUUUUUGCCAAAUCAAAGUGUAAGGGUUUUGUUAGUUAAUGUAAUCUGUAGAAUUGCUCUUUCUUUAGCCUGUUAUUCAGGAAACAUCGACAUCUGCUCAUCUUUUUGAUAUUUUUGCUUCGGAAUGAUAUUGUGCAGGUGACCGAGCCAUUUCUUGAAACUAUACCGUUGUUAUUAACUUAAUUGUGUAGGGAAAUGGUGAAUAAUGCUCUCAAAUUGUAUCAUUGCCAUUCUCAAUCACUGAUCACUGAUUGUGUAUGA